UCUCUCUCUCUCUGGGGGUGUUAUUUUCAAGAAGACUAGAUAGAAAAAAGAAAAAAAAAAAACAGUCAUAUUGAAAAGGCUGAAAAAUAAAUAUAUAAAUAAUAUAAAUAAUUGUAUAAAAAUGGUGGUGACCGUUGCUUACGUUCGCCAACAAUUAACAAAUUUACAUAAUUCUGGUGGAUCUCAUAAAGAUCAAGCUGAAAAAUACCGAACAAUUUUGGAAGAAAUAUUAGCAUCACCAGAGGAACUUGUUGAAACAUUAAAAGUUCUUAUUGAAGCAAUUGUUAAUGAAAAUGUUAGCCUUGUAAUAUCAAGACAAGUUUUGACUGAUGUCAGUCAUAAAUUACAACAUCUUCCUGAUGAAAUAUCAAAAGCUGUUUCUCAUUAUACACUGGAAAAGGUACAACCUAGAGUAAUUUCAUUUGAAGAACAAGUAGCCAUUAUUAGACAGCAUUUGGCUGAUAUUUAUGAAAGAAAUCAAGUAUGGAGAGAAGCUGCUAAUGUUCUUGUAGGAAUACCUUUGGAAACUGGACAAAAACAAUAUGCAGUUGAUUACAAACUUGAUACAUACCUUAAAAUAGCAAGAUUAUAUUUGGAGGAUGAUGAUCCAAUUCAAGCUGAGGCAUUUAUAAAUCGUGCAUCAUUACUUCAAGCUGAAUCAAAAAAUGAACAAUUACAAAUUUAUUACAAAGUUUGUUAUGCAAGGGUACUUGAUUAUCGAAGAAAAUUCAUUGAAGCUGCACAAAGAUAUAAUGAAUUAUCAUACAGAUCAAUUAUUCAUGAAGAUGAACGUAUGACUGCUCUUCGUAAUGCUUUAAUUUGUACAAUUCUUGCAUCAGCUGGACAACAAAGAAGUAGAAUGUUAGCAACACUAUUUAAGGAUGAACGUUGUCAACAAUUACCAGCUUAUUCAAUACUUGAAAAAAUGUAUUUGGAUAGAAUAAUUCGUCGUUCUGAACUUCAAGAAUUUGAAGCACUUCUUCAGCCUCAUCAAAAAGCUUCUACAACUGAUGGACUUGGUUCAACAAUUCUUGAUCGUGCUGUUAUUGAACAUAAUUUACUUUCAGCAAGUAAACUUUAUAAUAAUAUUGCCUUUGAAGAACUUGGUGCAUUAUUGGAAAUUCCACCAGUUAAUGGUGAAAAAAUUGCCAGUCAAAUGAUUGUUGAAGGCCGUAUGAAUGGAUACAUUGAUCAAAUUGAUUCAAUUGUUCAUUUUGAAACCAGAGAAAUGUUACCAACAUGGGACAAACAAAUUCAAUCACUUUGUUAUCAGGUUAAUCAAAUAAUUGAAAAAAUUGCUCAAACAGAACCAGACUGGGUGGCAAAAUGCACUGAAGAAAACAAACUGGUUAAUUAAUUAUAAUUAGCAAUCAAAUAAAAAAUUUUUCUAAGAAAAUAACAAAAACAAAAAAAAAAAAAAAAAAAAAAACUAAGCAACAACGAACAAAGCUUAAUUUUAAUUCAGUGCCUGUUCGUUGAUAACAUUCGUUAAUGAUUUUUCACGCAUUUUUAAUGAAAUCAAAGAAAACAAAAAGAAAGAAAAAAAAAAAAAAAAACUUAUUGUAAGCUUGUUUUCUUUCAAUGUAAAUAAACAUUAUCCAUAAAAC